ACCACAGCUGCCCCAACAACUACCACAGCUGGAACAGCAACAACCACAACUGCCCCAACAACUACCACCGCCGGACAAACCACCACUACAGCUGGACCAACAACUACCUCCGCUGGACCAACAACUACCACAGCUGCCCCAACAACUACCACAGCUGGAACAACAACUACCACAGCUGGAUCAACAACAACCACAGCUGGACCAACAACUACCACAGCUGCCCCAAAAACUACCACAGACACCCCAACAACUACCACAGCUGGAACAACAACAACCACAGCUGCCCCAACGACUACCACACCUACCCCAACAACUACCACAACUGGACAAACAACUACCACAACUGGACAAACAACUACCACAGCUGGCCCAACUACCACAACUACCACAGCUGGACCAACAACUACCACAGCUGGAUCAACAACAACCACAACUACCCCAACAACUACCACAGCUGCCCCAACAACUACCACAGCUGCCCCAACAACUACCACAGCUGGACCAACAACUACCACAGCUGGAUCAACAACAACCACAACUACCCCAACAACUACCACAGCUGCCCCAACAACUACCACAGCUGGAACAGCAACAACCACAACUGCCCCACCGACUACCACAGCAGGAUCAACAACAACCACAGCUGCCCCAACGACUACCACAGCUGCCCCAACAACUACC